UUGUGCCUCAGAAUCCCUUCCAGGUGAAUGGGAAGGUGGCAGAUGUGGGGCAUCGCUCCUGGAGUAUGGAUUAUCUUGGGUGGCAGACAUGGGUUUGGGUUGAGUCUUGAAAAUGGGUAGGAGUUUGCCAGCCAGGAAAGAGAACAAGAGUGGGUACAAGGCCGGGAGACCAAAAAAAGCAGGCAAUGUCAUGGGAACAGCACAGAACACAGUGCAGGAGUGAGAUGGGGCUGAAAAAGAGGCUCCCGCCUGGAUCACCUGAGGUCUGAGUACGGAGCAGAGUCUGGCCAUUACCUUUGGGCCAAGAGCAUCAGUUUGCUUGUCAGCAGGCGCAGGACAGUCACGGAGCUAUCACUUAGAGAAACAGCCGCCACAGGAUGGGAAGUUACUGCCCGUGUCCUGCUGACUGAUGCUGAGAGUUUGACAAGGCAGUGGAGGUGCAGAGGAGGGGCUGGAUGCAGAAGCUUCUGAGGAAAAUCCCCAGCAACUGGUAGUGGACUGGAUGUGGGGAAGGAGUCACCACGACUGACCCGGUUGAACACAUCCCCUUAAUAGCUUUUGCCGGUGCCUGGGUGAAUGUGGCCCCCCACCCUCCGGGGACCUCGAAGGGCACGGAAUGGUGCCGAUAGUAGGGGGCAGCCCAGAAGGUCGCGGUACAGAGAAGGCCCAGUCAGCCCUGCAGGAGGCGCUGUGGGCACGUCCUGCCGAUCGGGCAUGCGCAGUACGUCAGCGGGCAGGGGGCGGGCUGCCCGAACCCGGAAGCGGAGUAUCCCACGUGGGAGCCGGGGAGGGGCGGCAGUGGUUAGGCUACCUAUUUGUGGGUAGUCUGAGUCGGGAAUCCAUACUUUGUCUAAGGGGGCAGGGCCGGGACGGCCAGUGGGUCUCCUUCACCAGUGUUGGGGACCCGGAGCGGGCCGCGGCGGGAGUGACCACUCCUGAUGACGCAGCAGGGGGCAUUGACCAUGGCACUGUUCUGGGCUGUCAGGGGCGCGACCUGGAGGCGCUCGGGUUGCCUCUUCGUGCGUCAUUUCUCCCAAGCGUGGCGGCGUGGGGAGCGACCCGGCGGGGAGGAGCUGAGCCGUCUGCUACUGGAUGACCUGGCGCCGACUGGAGCGCGGGGACUGGAGCUUCUGUUUGGCCUGUCCCCUUGUCUCCUGGCUCUGCGGGCCGCUCGUCGCCGCGUGGCCAGGCUUCUGCUCCAGGCCGGCAGGUCCGGGUUGCAGGGGGAACGAGCCGAGCUGCUCCGGGCGGCAGAGGCGCGUGACAUCCCAGUUCUGCGGCCCAGACGGCAGAAGCUGGACGCCCUCUGCCGCUACCAGGUCCACCAGGGCGUCUGCAUGGAGGUGAGCCCGCUGCAGCCUCGGCCUUGGACUGAGGUCGAGGAGGCGAGGCCAGGCGACGACUCCCGGCAGCUGUGGCUCGUCCUCGAAGGGCUCCAGGAUCCCCGGAACCUUGGGGCCGUGCUGCGUUCUGCUCACUUUCUCGGAGUGGAUAAAGUCAUCACCAGCGGGAGAAACAGCUGCCCGCUCACCCCGGUAGUCAGCAAGGCCAGCGCAGGGGCGAUGGAGGUGAUGGACCUGUUCUCCACUGAUGACCUGGCCAGUUUUUUACAGGCCAGGACCCGGGAGGGCUGGCUUGUGGCUGGCACAGUGGGCUGCCGGGGGCCCGAGAUUUCCCCGGUCCCGGAGAUCCCCGUCACUAGCUGCUUGGAGUUCCUCUGGGACCAGCCUGCUGUCCUAGUGCUGGGUAACGAGGGCUCCGGUCUGUCCAAGGAGAUACAAGCCUCCUGCCAGCUUUUCCUUACCAUCCCACCUGGCCGGCCGCUGCCCCCUGGCCUUGAGUCCUUGAAUGUCUCCGUGGCUGCGGGGAAGAAGAUGCUGAUGAUAAUGAACAGAAGCAUCUGAAGCUACAAAGAUGCCCAGGGACUUCCUCUUCUCUCCUCACCCUCCUCUCUGGGGAGGUGGGCAGGUCCCAGCUCAUUACUGGUGGGGGCUAGGGUGGAGGUGUCAGAUUAGAAUCACUCUUGGGUCUGUUCACAGCUUCCCUGUUUCAUUAACACCUCCCUGGUGGUCUUCAGCUCAUCCUCCUGGGGGAGGUGCUCCAGAAAGUUCUCACUGCCCCCCUGCUCAGCCAGAGCUCAGUGUGCCCCAUUCCUAGGUCUGGAAUCAAAUCCACACAGAGAACAUUAUAUGUGGCAGAGAGGUAGCCACUGGCCAGGAGGCUGUCGCUAUCCCCUCCCCUCAGGGUCCUGGAGGCCUGGUCAGGGGACACAGUAGCUGGGCUGCCUCUUUUUCCUCCCCAUCAACCUCUCAUCAGUGGAUUCUAGUCCCCCAGCCCCACUGCAUCCUAAUCUUGACACUUCUUCCUGUCAAAGCUGUAACUGAUGUGAGCAGCACAGGCUUGGGUUCUAAUCCUGUUUCACCUUCCCCCGCUGGAUGACCUAAGGAAAGUCACUUAUUCUCUAGGACAUUUAGUUGCUUCCGUAAAACUGGGAUACCAUAACUACGGCAGGGUGGCACAGGGCUCAGAAAAUUGUAAAUUCUCGACAGUGCAGCCAUUGUUAUUUUGCAGGCACAACACUGAUCUCUGAAUUAUAUUUUUAAAUCAAAAGGCCCGGUUUAGCCAACCGGGGCGGGUGGGGGAGCAGAGCCACAUUUAGAGAAGCUCCAGUUAAUUGUCCCAGUUUCUUCCCCAGUCUGGAAAAAGGAGUGGUACUGGGUGGUGAAUUAGGACCAGGAGAUUUCUAUCUUCGGCUCUGGGAGGGCUGCUUCUAAACACCGUUCCCCUCCAGACACUUGAAGAAGGAUUCUGAUGGAAAUGCUGUGCCCUCUCUGUCACAAUAUUCCAUUUCAGAGGACACCCUUCACCAGCUGUGGGCCUGGAAGGAGGGGCUGGGCCCAGCCCCUCCCUGCCCCAACCCUGCAGCUGGCUGAACUUGGCUGGCCCUGCUUUCUCCUGCCACCUCUGCACCUCCACUUGCCCUCAGGCUCCCAGCUCUUUUGCUGAGGUUUGUGGGUGUCAGAAGAGAGACUCCAUGAAAAAUGUCACCUUUUGUAGUUCAUCUGUAGUCUCAAAAAAAAUGUCAGUUGGCUGAGCAGUUUCCUCUAAAAAGAAGAAACCAAGGCACAAGUCUGCAAAUAAAGGAGGUAGCAAGACGGUGGGGUUGGUCCCUUCUUGCAAGUAACCCCUUGGCUCCCACAGACCUCUCUGGAGCAGACACGAAAGCCCCUCCCACCCCUAGGAAUCCCCACUCCCAUCUUUUACAUGAUCAGGGCUGGAAUUAGCUUUACUGGUUUUAUAUCCCCAGGACCCAGUUCAGGGCCAGGCACAUACUGGGUAUUUAAAAAUCACCGAUAAACACAUGAAUAAGUCCUGAGGUUGGAGAUUAACUGCCUCCCCCUCCUUUUCUCUGUUGUGGGUUGGAGGCAAAUCUCAGCUCAAUUCCAGCUUGCCCUCCCCUUCCACUUUUGGAGAAGGCAAGACGCAAAUGAUUCUCUAGCCACAGCUGCUCUUGAUUCUCUGCAACAAAGGAGCUAAUCGAGAGCGAAGGGACGCUCUGUAGAACCCCUCAGCCCUCGGCCCUGCUGAGACCCAUCUGUAUCAGGCCCUGCACAGAUGCCCUUCCCAUUAGAUGGGGGAGCUAGCUGGGGGUCAGGCACAGCAAGGGGCAGGAUCUCGUUUGAAUCAGAGCCCUGAGACCAACACACAUACUUAGAACAGUCUCGCAGCAGUGGGUAUGGGACCCUGAAGUCGUGUGCAUAGAGCAGGGUGAUGAUGAUGACGAUGAUGGUGAUGGUAUUAACGUUUAUUAUGUACUUACCAUAUGCUAACGGUUUUAUGUGCCUCGUCUCAUUUAAUCCUCAAGAUGCUUUGGGGUAGGCACUGUUACUACCUUUGGUUUAUAGAUAGGAAACUGAGGCCCAGAAAGGUUAAGUAGCUUAUCUAAGGUCAUGCUGUGGCAAUCAGAAGGAUUUGUAGGGGGUGGGGGAUGGAGGGUGGGGAGCUGAGCUUAGGAGAGAGCUUUCAGCUCAUGCAUCAGCUAGGAGGCCUGCCGAGCCAAAUCUGCACACAGCUACCCUUCCCCCACCCCCACAGCACCAAACCCUCCCGCAUGUAAUAAUACCCCUGGCCCCUCCCUCCACUCCACUUCUCCUGAACCAUCCUGACCAUCUCUAAGUGGGGCAUCCUGCAGAGGGGGGGUGAGGCCACCUCCUUCAGCUCCCCACUUGUUUGUGGGUGGUCUGCCCUGGCUGGAGGCCAGAAUACAUAACUUAAGCUACCGUGGGGUGCCGUAAAGAGCCUGGACUCCAAGAGACACCCAGAUUUAGGUUUAAAUGUUAGCCCUGCUCCCAAAUAAAGGCUCAGGCCUUGGUCAAGGUUCUUAA